AGACCGGCAGAUUCGCUCAGCUUCCGCAUCGCUCUCCCUUCUCCGUCUCUGUGUCUCUAUCCCUCUCUACUCUCGCUGCUGGUGGAUUUUAGCCCACUGCUGUGUGGAACACCGCCAAAAUGUCUGACAAGCCUGACAUGACUGAGAUUGCCCGUUUCGACAAGACAAAGCUGAAGAAGACAGAGACAAAAGAAAAAAACCCUCUGCCCACCAAAGAGACCAUUGAGCAAGAGAGGAAAGGCGAUGCCACACCUUGACUUCUGAGCACAUGAAGAAAAGAAGCUGAGAUGCCACAGCAAAAAGCACUUUCUUUUGAUUAUCACAGUAUUUCAAUCUCUUACUUUGUCUUCAGAUAAGGGUGCUCUUGAGCUCCCUGGGGUGCCAUAAGGGUAUAUGGCAUCCUCACAUGGGGGCUCUCUUACCACUCGGGUGGAAAAACUUAUGCCUGGGUGCCUGUCUUGCACUGUUAGCCUAUUGCUAACAUGUCUCCUAUAUUGCCAA